CUCAACGCACCGUUCGCCUCUUGCAGCGAUCCCGACAACGUAGCCUUCUGCGUGCUGGCCGCGGACGAGGAGGAUGAGGGGGACAUUGCCCUGCAGAUCCACUUCACCCUGAUCCAAGCCUUUUGCUGCGAGAAUGACAUUGACAUCGUGCGGGUGAACGACUUGUCCAAGCUCGCUGCCAUCGUGGGGCCCAGCGAGGACUCUGGGGAGCCGCGGGACUUCCACUGCAUCCUCAUCAUGAACCCGAGUGAGGACGGCUGGAAGGACCCAGCUCUAGAAAAGCUGAACUCGUUUUGUGAAGCGAGCCGAAAUGUCAAUGACUGGGUGCCGACUGUCCCCCUGCCUGAGUGAUGGGGACCCAGUGCACUGGGGAGGCUGAAACCUUUGUUGCAUUCUCUAUGUGGUAUGGGUUCACCAUUGUGCAACAAGCUGCUGAUUCCAUGGAUUAGCCUGGUCAAGAGACUGGAUUAAAGUCACUCAGACUGGCAUGCAGUGGGCUCUUACGGAGGAGAGAGAGAACAGCUCACCUCACCAGUGAGCCUCAGUAGGCUGCAACCGUGGAGAGGCUGAAAUACCAUGGAACUGAAAGAAGUAUUGCAAGUUUCCUGGUCAAGUGGAGCUGUUUCGGAAGGCAGAGAGAAAGUUGAGGGAAGUGGGCCAAAACUUUCCAGAAGGACUGGACAGAGUAUUGUAACUAGGAACUGUUCAUGCUGUCUGCAAAACACAGAAGGAAGUUUCAGUUUUGAUGGACUACCUGGUUCCUAAAUUAGAUUCCAAAGUAGACUUUAACAGGCCUCUUGGGUCACUCUGCAGAAUUAGUUUAAUAAUGCAAUAAUUUCUAUUGAACUAUUUGCUGCUAUUGAAGCUUUCAUAAUAAAUUUUUUGACAAUUAA